AUGUCGGCUAUCAUAGCCUCAGACGAGAAUAGUCAGCGGCUAGCAGCACUAGGCGACAACAGUGUACGUAGUUGCUCAACGGACGAAGACCCCAUUUUGGGAUCCGAUAGUGAUGAGACCUCUGAUAUUCUUCUUGAACGCCUCACUGCGUGGAAGCACGUAUGUGAAUAUCUCUACUCUUAUAUUUCUGCAACUGCGAAAGCGCAAAAAUCUCAGUCAAGAGAAUAUGAAACGAUUCUGAAGAGCGUGAGCUAUCCACUCAGGGAAGGUCAUCAUUUUAAAGCAAGCACAGAUGGGGUCGCUGGUCUUUUUGAAAACAUAUACACUAAUACAAAGGAAAUAGUGAAAGUGAAUGCCGCGGCUGAGGGAAACCUAAAUGAGAGCGUGCUGCCUAUGCUACAGCGUCUUCUCAAAGAGAUCAAAUCAAAAGCGAAACAAUUGAAGAUUGACAAAUCCAAGGGGGCAAAUCUACUCGAGAAAGCAUGGCGCGCAACGCAGAAACAUAUACUUCUCCUGGCUAGGAGCACUAGGUCCUCUGAUGCUAGCACCGACUACAAGAUUGAGCGGUCCCAUGAUCCCUACCUCCUCCGCCAGGGCAUCGACAGCCGAUUAAUUGAGCAAGCAACGAGAGAAAAGGUUGAUCGACAAGAAAACCAAGAGAUUCAGGAAUCUUUUCUGUGGUUCGAAAUGCAUAUUUUACAAACAGUACAGUGUGUUUUAGCUAAACUCUUCCAGUUUAUGGGUGGCCAGUUCGAUCAUCAACGUGCAAUGUACGGUGAUAUCCUGGGUACAGCACAGCUUAUCCACCCGGAUUUGGAAUGGUUCAGUUUUGUGGAGCGAAAGAACGCGGCACUACUGAAUUCCGAAGCUAUACGGAGAUUGUCAGUUUAUACAACGUUUCCGAAUAAGGACCAUCGAGCAACGAAACCAAUCAUCGAAGGCGAUCUAGUAUGCCGUUCCAAUGGCAUACCUAAGAAUUACCAUUAUGUGGUUACGCAAGCAGGCUACUUGCAUGGUUUCGAUCGUGACAACACCCUUUACCAAGCAUCGGUCCCGGAGAUGUCCUUAUACUUGGCAGACUGCUCCAUCAGUCCUGUGAAUGACGUCGAGUUCAGUGUUCAAGGCGUGAAUGUCUCCAGCAGGAAUCUUCUGAAUCCGUUUCACGCCGUCACUCGGUACAUUUUCAGAGCUCAGAGUGUUGAGGAGGCCAAAAAAUGGUAUUCCGCCAUCGAUGCAGCAAUUUGA